UUCCAUACAAACACCCUCCUUCACCACUUAUUCUUAUGGUCCCCAACUCUUCAACUUCUACUCUUGCUUAGCUUUCUGAUCUUCUUCCUCCUCCCUCCCUCCCUCUGUUUCUUUCUCUGUCACGUUGCUUGAGCAAUCUUAUUAGCUCAUCAACAUGGCAGCUGAAUUUGACACUGCCCAGAAAAGUAGAACUACCAUAGCAGAUUUUGAUCCUCAAAAGAAACCUACCAGGAACAAGUAUGCCUUCGCCUGUGCUAUUUUGGCCUCCAUGACUUCCAUCUUGCUUGGUUACGAUAUUGGAGUGAUGAGCGGAGCUAUUAUUUACAUUAAGAGAGACCUAAAAAUCACGGACGUUCAAGUGGAAAUCCUGGUGGGGAUCAUCAACCUGUACUCCCUCAUAGGAUCAUGCCUCGCCGGAAGAACCUCCGACUGGAUUGGCCGCCGUUACACCAUCGUCCUCGCCGGAUCUAUCUUCUUCAUCGGUGCCCUUCUCAUGGGCUUCUCCAUGAACUACGCCUUCCUCAUGUUCGGCCGUUUCAUCGCCGGCAUUGGCAUCGGCUACGCCCUCAUGAUCGCCCCCGUCUACACUGCCGAAGUCUCCCCAGCUUCCUCUCGUGGCUUCCUUACUUCCUUCCCUGAGGUUUUCAUCAACGCUGGGAUUUUGUUUGGAUACAUUUCUAACUACGCAUUCUCGAAGCUAUCGCUUCGGCUAGGAUGGCGGCUCAUGCUGGGAAUCGGCGCCAUUCCUUCCGUGUUGCUCGCACUGGGAGUGUUAGCCAUGCCGGAGUCGCCUCGAUGGCUAGUGAUGAGGGGUCGGCUUGGCGAGGCACGUCGAGUCCUUGAGAGAACUUCAGAUUCAGUGGAAGAGGCUCAGCUAAGGCUAGCCGACAUCAAGGAAGCGGCGGGGAUCCCCGAGAGUUGCAACGACGACGUCGUUCACGUGAACAGGCAAAACAAAGCCGGGGGAGGGGUAUGGAAAGAGAUGUUUAUUUAUCCUACACCCGCGGUCCGUCACAUUGUUAUCGCUGCCCUCGGCAUACACUUCUUUCAACAAGCGUCUGGCAUAGACGCCGUCGUUUUAUACAGCCCCACAAUCUUCCGAAAGGCCGGGAUCAAAUCGGAUACCGAAGAGCUUCUGGCUACGGUAGCCGUUGGAUUUACCAAGACGGUUUCCAUAUUGGUCGCCACGUUCUUGUUGGAUCGGGUCGGGCGCCGCCCGUUGUUAUUGAGCAGUGUUGCGGGUAUGGUGCUCUCACUCGUUACUCUCGGGGCGUGCCUCACGGUCAUUGAUCAUUCGGACACCAGAGUAAUGUGGGCCAUUGGAUUAAGCAUAGCCAUGGUGAUAUCGUAUGUGGCAACGUUCUCGAUCGGAGCUGGUCCAAUCACGUGGGUUUAUAGCUCGGAGAUCUUUCCGCUGAGGCUACGCGCUCAGGGUGCGUCCAUGGGAGUCGUUGUUAAUAGAGUGACAAGUGGCGUAAUCUCAAUGACUUUUCUCUCCUUAUCCAACGGCAUAACCAUUGGUGGAGCCUUCUUAUUGUUCGGAGGUAUUGCGUUCGCUGGAUGGAUCUUCUUCUAUACCUUGCUCCCGGAAACGCAGGGCAAAACCCUUGAAGAGAUGGAAGGGUCUUUCGGUAAAUUCAGCGCAAGGUCCACCGUGGCCAAAGGACCUAACGGUGGCAAAGAUGGUAACGGCCACAUCCAAUUACAAAACAAUAAUCUCAAUUAGACGUACGAAGGCGUGAAGUGUUUAUUAAACUUACUAGAGAUGCAAUAUUGCAUUUUAGUACGUCUUCCCUCUUAAUUUAGAGUAGAUUUCCUAUGUAGUAAUAAAUUCUGUAAUGGGAAAACUCAAAUAUUUUCCUAUUAAUAAUUUAAAAAGAAAUAUAUAACUCAGCUCAAACUCCCUCCCAUA